AUGCUGCGCCGCAAUGCGCGGCUUCGAAAAGAGUAUCUCUACAAGAAGGCCUUGGAAGACAAGGAAGCCACCACCUUCGACAAGAAGCGGAAACUUCAGGAGGCCUUGGACAGCAACAAGCCCAUUCCCACAGAGCUUCGAGGAGAAGACCGGAAGCUGCGCAAGGUACUGGACCUCGCAGAUGAUCGAACAAAGGAGCAGCGCAAGGCCAUGGACGACGAGUACGCCUACAUGGGCGUCAAGGAUCCCAAGGUGCUGGUCACAACAUCUCGGGAUCCGUCCUCACGCCUGAGUCAGUUCCUCAAGGAGCUCCGGAUGUUGUUCCCGGGUGCUCAGAGGAUGAACCGUGGCAGCUAUGUCGUCAAGGACCUGAUGCAGCUAGCAAGAUCACAUGAGAUGACUGAUGUCAUCCUGGUGCACGAGCACCGGGGCGAACCGGAUGGCAUGGUUGUUUGCCACUUGCCUUUCGGGCCCACCGCCUACUUCGGCCUGUCGAAUGUGGUGCUACGGCACGAUCUGGCCGACAAGCCUCCCGCCAUGUCCGAGGCCAGCCCCCACCUGCUCUUCCAUGGCUUCACCGCAAAGAUGGGGCUACGGGUGAAGAACAUCCUCCAGGCGCUCUUCCCGCCUGCGAAGCAAGCGGGGGACAGAGUCAUGACCUUCGCCAACCACCACGACGUGAUCCACUUCCGGCACCACAGCUUUGCCAGGCCCAAGGGGCCGGCCGGCGAUGGCCACCGUUCCCGCGCGAAGGACGUGGCUCUAACAGAGAACGGCCCUCGGUUUAACAUGAGGCUCUUUCGUGUCGAGUUGGGCACUGUGGACAUGAAGGAUGUGGAGGUGGAAUGGGUCUUGAGACCUUACUUCAAUCGGCAGAAGGAAGCGCUGGCUUUGCCCGAG